AUGGGAAAAGCAGAAGGUUCUGUUGCCCGAGAAGAGUGGCAUCGCUAUGUUACUGCCCUGUCUGUGGCUCCUGAAUUCCAUAGACUUGGCUUGGCUGCUAAACUUAUGGAGCUGCUUGAAGAAAUUUCUGAAAGAAAGGGCGGAUUUUUUGUGGAUCUUUUUGUACGAGUGUCAAAUCAAGUUGCAGUAAAUAUGUACAAGCAGUUGGGCUACAGCGUUUAUAGGACUGUGAUUGAAUAUUACUCUGCAAGCAAUGGGGAACCAGAUGAAGAUGCUUAUGAUAUGAGGAAAGCCCUUUCCAGAGACACAGAAAAGAAAUCUAUAAUCCCAUUACCUCACCCAGUUAGACUUGAAGACAUUGAAUAACAGUAGGCUGUGGUUCUUGUGCUGAGUAAUAAAAAAGAAACAUGCAAGGUCCAUAAACGAGAGACAUGUAAAAUGGUGACAUCAUGGCAGUGUGACACAAGAC